GGUUCCCAUUAAACUUGUUCUUGGAUGCUGGGAAAAAAACAAGACUAGUUGAAGAUAAAACAUGCAUGAUUUGGCACUGCAUCAAGCAUUUAAUGUUAUGAUUUGAGCAGAGAUUUUGACAAGAUGGCAGUCCGCUUUGAGUCCAUUCCAGUCCUGGAUGUGAAUAUUAACAACAUCCACCAUCUAUGGCCAUCAUUAAUGAAAGCAGUGGAGUCAGCCACAUUUAUUGCUAUAGACACAGAAUUAAGUGGCAUAGGAACCAGGAAAACUCUCAUGGCGAAGUCAGUUGAAGAUCGGUACAAAGGAACAGCAGAGAAUGCCAAAUCACGUUCAGUCGUCUCCCUUGGACUAUCAUGUUUUCAGUUGACACAUGUCGACACAAAGUCCGGUAAAAACACCAGUGACAUGUCUGAUGAUUCCUCCGUGGACGACGGCGCCGAGAGCUGUCGCGUGUGGAAUUUCCUCGUACAGACCUACAAUAUCAUGGCCCUGUGUCAGGAGGAAUACAUCGUGGAGCCAGCUUCUCUCAGAUUUCUAGUGGAGCAUGGGUUUGAUUUUAACAAGCAGUAUUCCUGUGGUGUGGGGUACUAUAGGGGCAAUGACAAGGCAGAAUCUCCUUCUAGUAACGUAAGUUUAAGAUCUCUGUUUACAAAACUAGUCAGGAGCAGUAAACCGGUGGUAUUUCACAACGCCCUGACGGACCUCGUAUACCUGUAUCAGAAUUUCUACGCCAACCUACCAGCCACCAUGUCAUCAUUCAUCUCCGACCUGACAGAAAUCUUUCCUAGUGGCGUGUACGACACAAAGUACAUCACGGACUACGUCCACCGAAUGCCAGCCUCCUACCUGGAGUAUGUGUUCAGAAAAAGUCAGAGAGACAAUCUUCAGCGAUACGAAACGGACAAGUCAUCAGUGACCAUAAAUAUCCUCCCGUACCCCCCUAGUGACACGGUUAAUCAGUGUAGGUGUGGACUCCCCCAGAAAACCCUCCAGGACACUGACCCAGACCCAGAUACAUUCCAGGCCAUCAAAGACCACAUCUGUCAAGGAUUCGCUGGCCAUGGUUGGUGUGGGAAUGGCAACCGAUGUAGCAAGUCACACGACAUUGAUAUGAUUCUAGACUUGGACCAGCUUGUUCAGACAAAAAAGAGUCGCAAGAGAAAACGGAGAAUUCUCAACCAGCAGCAGGAAAACGGAGACAACAGUGACGAAAAGACAGGACUGGUAGGGAACCAGUUUACUAAGGACCAACUUGACCAAUUCAUUGUGAGCCGACAUGAAAAUCGGGAGAUUUGUAAGGCGGGGUGUCAUAGAGCAGGUUUUGAUUCAUUUAUGACUGGAUUCUCAUUUGCUGUGUAUCUCUCCAAGUACGGAAACUAUAAUGAUAGUUUUUGUCUUGAUGAUUGUGGAAUGGAGGCAUUUAAGAACAAUGUGUACUUAAGUGGGAAAGAUAUGCCUUUGUCUAUAGUGAAAAGUGCUUUUUCAAAAAACUCAAAAGAUCAUAAAGAAAAAAUCAAAAGGAUCUCGGAAAAUGGAGACAAUUCAUAGAAAUGAAAAGCAAUUAAAACAAUUAACAACAACAAAAAACAGGUCACUGACUUAUGUGAUGUUUUCCUUGUUUAGAUAUAAUGUACAGGAAAUUUCAACUCUCCUUUACUAUGGUUGUGCUUAUAUGCACUUGUACAUUGUAGGUGGAUCAUAAAUUCUGAUAAAUUGGGAUGAACAGAUCAAGCCUUCCUAAUAAUAACUGAUCUGAUGUAUCUAGAUGUACAUGUACCUAGAUAGACAAUGUCAGAUUAUUACUUGUAAAGUUUUGCUACAAUACCUGACAAGCAAACAAAAAUUAAAGAUACAGAAAUGUGAUCAUAUAAUUGAAAAUUUAUGAAUCUGGAUUAAGGUAAAAUUAUCAUGCAUGUAACAUAUGGGGCCAUUCAUUUUACAUAUUCAUGUACUUUCUAUGAAGGAGGGCAAAGAACAAUUAAAGAGUGGUAACGGUAUCUACUACCACCACCAUUAAAAAGACAUUAAGA